GGCCGUAGCUACACUGUGUACGAGUCCCCCGCAGGCCUCAGGCACACACAAAGCCCACAGCUCCCGCAACCAUCGAGCAAACGGUCAGCUCCUCCAUCGUUCCUCCAUGGCCUCUCCGAUCCGUUCACCGCCACCGGAGCAGGCAGCCGAGGCACAGGCUCCUCCUCCUCCUCCCCCGCCCCCGUCACAACUUCCGGCUGUCGACCCCCCUCACCUCUCGCCGGAUAACCCAACCCCAACAGGCCCAACUCCUCCUUUAGCUGCUGCACCUGCAACUGCUGCUCCGCCGCCGCCUGGUGGCACCGGCGAUUCCUCUCCACCGUCUCUUCCGACGGCCCCAACGCCACCACCUGAGACGGCGGUCGAGGCACAGGCACCUCCUCCUCCUCCGCCCACCUCGGAGCUUCCGGCUGUCGAUCCCCCUCGCCUCCCGCCGGACAACCCAAUCCCAGCUCCUCCUCUUCAUGCUACACCUGCAACUACUGCUCCGCCGCCCUCUCCACCGUCGCCUCCGAAGGUGGUCCCAACGCCACCACCACUUUCCACCACCAAUCCUUCUCCUCCCCUUUCCCCUGGGAACCAAACAUCAGCGCCGCGGCCGAUGCCCCCACCAGCUCCUGCUCUCGCUCCAACAUCACCACCUCCACCAGCGCCGGUGUCACCGGAAGCCAAGUCGAAUCAGGAGACAGAUGGAGCGGCUGGCGAAUCGGAGAACAUGACGCUAGCCCAAACUGAAGAAGCGAUACGGCCGACGCCGCAGAAGGCGGCGGCCGUGGCGGAUUCCUCGACCGAAUCGCCGCAGAAGGAGUCGGCCCUGACCAUCGCGAAGCUCCUCACCGGCGAGGAUCCCGCGGCAACGGAGGCGAAGCCGGCAGCCGACAAAGUAGCACCUGUGGUAGUCACAGGGUCAGUCGCCGCCGCUGGCGGGGGCGGGGGCGGAGGUGGUGUGGGAUCCAAGAGAUGGCUCCUGGGCCGGGUCCCAGAGAAAGUACGGCGCACGGAGCUGAAGAGGGCUGAGCUAGGGUUUAGGGUUUCGGCUGCCUUGUUCUGCUUGGUCUCGCUCUCUGUCAUGUCCGCCGGUACUACGCCCGGCUGGGCUGGUGACACCUUCCGCCGCUACAAUGAGUACAGGUACACGCUGGCUGCAAGCGUGAUUGCUUUUACUUAUUCGGUGUUCCAAUUGGUUGCAGAAGUACACUACCAUGUUACAGGGAGGCGCAUAAUUCGAACCCCCUGGAUCAACUACUUCAAUCUCGCCAUGGAUCAGGUACUGGCUUAUCUCCUGUUGUCAGCGUCUUCAGCAGCGCUUUCUCGCAAUGAUGUUUGGGUGUCUCGGUUUGGAGUGGAUCAAUUUGCCAAACUUAUCAAUGCUUCAGCCUCAAUGGCAUUCUUAGCUUUCAUUGCUCUUGGUCUCAGCUCCAUCAUCUCUGCAUACCAUGUCUUCAGCUUAAUCUCUUAGAAGACCUGCUGAUGUACAUUACAUGAUGUAAAUAUUAUGCUCUAGCUGUAUCCUGGGCAUGCCAUGACAGCCUUGAUUUUUCUUCCAUUGUGGCUUGACAUUCCACCAUUAUUCUCCACAGCGAUAUGAUCAUGGAGACCUAUGAUGAUUAUUUAAGAAUAAAAAGGCUAUUAGAGCCACUUGAGGCCUUGUUUGGUGUU